AGAAUAACGUUAGACUUUUCGCGCUGUGCAAAAAGUUCCGUCUGUGGUCUACGAUAGAGAUGGAGGCUCUUGGUGAUAUUGUUUCGUCCGUGAAAGGUCUUCGUGUUAUGACUAUGAACAAGGAAAACAUUACUCCCGGAAAAUCUGACGCAUUAAAGUCAAUGCCCGCCGAAAAGGAAAUCUUGAAAGACCCUGAUGUUGAGGUUGAGCCUCUGUUGCGAGACAAUCCAAACCGAUUCGUUUUGUUCCCGAUACAGCAUCAUGACAUAUGGCAAAUGUACAAGAAAGCUGAAGCCUCCUUCUGGACUGCUGAGGAAGUAGAUCUUUCGAAGGAUUUCCAGCAUUGGGAAAGUUUGAAACCUGAGGAACGCGAAUUCAUCUCUCACAUUCUUGCUUUCUUCGCUGCAUCUGAUGGCAUAGUGAAUGAAAAUCUUGUUGAGCGCUUUGCUCAAGAAGUUACUGCCCCUGAAGCGCGUUGUUUCUACGGUUUCCAAAUCGCUAUCGAAAACAUUCAUUCAGAGAUGUACUCGCUGCUCAUUGACACCUACAUCAAGGAUGCAAGUGAAAGGGAUCGACUGUUCAACGCAAUUGAAACCAUGCCGUGUGUGAAGAAGAAGGCUGAUUGGGCUAUGCAUUGGAUUGGUAACAAGUCACCGUACGCUGAACGUGUUAUUGCUUUUGCAGCUGUCGAAGGGAUUUUCUUUUCUGGUAGUUUCGCCUCUAUAUUUUGGUUGAAGAAACGUGGUCUUAUGCCUGGGCUUACAUUCUCUAAUGAGCUGAUCUCUCGUGAUGAAGGCAUGCAUUGUGACUUCGCGUGUCUCAUGUUCAGGAAGCUUGUACGGAAACCGUCGAAAGCUCGUGUGACUCGAAUUAUUCAGGAAGCUGUUGAAAUUGAGAAGGAAUUUCUGACAGAUGCCUUGCCUGUGCGAAUGAUCGGUAUGAAUUGUGAUCUCAUGGCCCAGUAUAUCGAGUUUGUUGCUGAUCGGCUCCUCCUGGAGCUGGGUUGUCCAAAGGUCUUCAUGUCCGAAAAUCCGUUUGACUUCAUGGAAAACAUAUCGCUGGAAGGCAAAACAAAUUUCUUUGAGAAAAGAGUUGGAGAGUACAAGAAGUUUGGCGUUGCCGUGAGUGGAAAUGGUUCUGCGAAUUCUGGCUCCGGACAGCAGAACAGGAAAUUCACUCUUGACGAAGAUUUCUGAAAUUGUAUCAGUUUUAGUGUGGAGCUCUCGAAGGUACAUGUCGGGUAUUAUGCGAAUUUGUCUACAAACUGGCUUGCGUAAUUGAAGCUUUGAUCAGUUGUUUCUUUGACACUCCUCCUUGUCAGUACUGUAUAAUGAAGUCUCAAUCGAAAUACCGUGCCUUUGUUGACGAAAUCAUUGAUCCGGAACAUUUUCUAGUUUUGUAUUGCUACUGUUCCAGAUUGUUGCAAUAAAAAUUCCAAUCAAGG